AUGGAGAUAGCAGUCCAGUCCUUCAGAAUUGCUCAUCAACACGAUCUGGUUGGAGAGGAUUACUCUCAAGCCAUGCUGCUAGAACUGGAAGGAUUGGAUACAAGCAGGAUUUACACCCUAAACAAACUAUUAGCAGGAAAGCAGGCUGUAUCAAGGGCCUACAACAAAAGAGUUAAAAACAAGAGUUUUGAAGAAGGAGAAAUAGUCUGGAAAGCAGUUUUGCCCAUUGGAACACACAUAGCUGGUUAUGGAAAGUGGUCACCUACAUGGGAAGGUCCUUUCAUAAUUAAUCAGAUCCUUGGAAUGGGGCAUACCGAUUAUAGGAUCGAGAUAGAGAGUUCAUGCUACGCCAAUUAA